UGAUGAUGUUAACUUUUGUUAUUGGCUUUUACGGAUGAAACUGAAACUGAAACUGAAACUGAAAGUGUGAAACCACCAUUUUCGAUUCUCAGGAUUUGAUAGCAGUUUCAGGAGAUUUCUCUCUCUUUCUCAAUUCUCACUCCCUCUCCACUGGAAAGUCCUUUUCUUCUCGAUUCAGAGAAAAAAAUAAAUCGGAUUUAAAGAGAAAGAGAGAGGAAUCCGAAUCUCCGAGCUGAAUCUGUUUUUCGAAUCUUCGAUGUGAUCGCCAGGUUUGUUUCCCUUCCGAUUCCGAUGGGGAAAUUUCUCGCCGGUUUCCUUCUCCCUUCGCUGCUUCUAGCAGCUGCUCUAAUCAACUGGAGUUUGAUAUCACUUGUUGAUUUGAUAGCCUUUCUUGUUAUUCUGUACAAUGUAUCGCAAUUAGGAUUUCAUUUCCGUAGGAGGCUUUUGUUGCUGUGGCCAGUUGUUAUCUUUUCUGUAGUUGCAAUACUUUCUCAAGUGACUUAUCUGUUAAUAUGGGCUGCCGAGCCAGUUUCCUGGAGUAUACCUGAUGCCUGGUGGGCAAAGCUCAUUGGGUUUAUGAUAGUUCAGUCUUGGAGAUCUCCUUAUGCAAUUUAUUUCUUGGUUAUUCAACUACUUGCACUUAUUGUUGCUUUGAUUGAUAUAUACUGGAAAAGGUGUCUUCAGGAUACAUGGCAAGAUUCAUCCCGGGGUCAUUUGUUAUCAAUUAUUGAACAUUUAGGUUCUCAUCUUCGGGUGGCAUCAUGCUUGCUGUUACCUGCAAUUCAGCUAGUUGUUGGAAUUAGCCAUCCUUCCUGGGACUCACUACCUUUUUUUAUUGGUAGUUGUGUUGGUCUUGUGGAUUGGUCUCUAACAAGCAACUUUCUUGGGCUUUUCAGGUGGUGGAGACCUCUUCAUCUGUAUGCAGGUGUUGAUAUUUUUCUGCUUUACAUAUAUCAACUUCCUGUGGAAUUUCCAACUGCAAUUCAUCGGAUGGCUGAUAUCAUUGGUCUUUACAAAAUUUCUGCAAAUUCUGAGUGGACCAAAAUUUGUUCUAGCAUUUCAAUCAUACUUUACUACACAAUGCUGUCUUUCAUUAGAUCUGAUUUGGAGGAGAUGGAUUUUAUUGUUUCCAGAUCAGAUUGUAGCCUGACUGAACAACUUCUUCCCUCCAAGCAUUCGUUCUUCAUUCGUGAAUCAAGUUCUGGUGUGAAGCACACAAAUGUUUUACUCAGAGGAGGUGUUUUCCGGACUUUUAGCAUCAACUUUUUCACGUAUGGUUUCCCGGUCUCCUUGUUUGCUCUUUCCUUUUGGAGCUUUCAUUUUGCAAGCUUAUGUGCAUUUGGGCUACUUGCUUACGUUGGCUACAUUGUCUAUGCGUUCCCUUCUUUAUUCCGUUUGCACCGCUUGAAUGGGCUGCUGCUUGUCUUUAUUCUCUUCUGGGCUGUUAGCACCUACGUAUUCAAUGUGGCAUUUACAUUUUUGAAUUGGAAACUUGGACGGGACAUGAAAAUCUGGGAGAUGGUGGGUCUGUGGCACUAUCCGAUACCGGGUUUCUUUUUGCUUGCCCAAUUUUGUCUAGGAAUUUUGGUUGCGUUGGGUAAUCUUGUGAACAAUUCUGUAUUCCUCUGCUUGUCUGAUGAGGAUGGGCAAUCGUCAAAUGAGCAGUGCUCAGUAGAAGUGAUAUUCUUCCUGAUAUAUCUUUUGAGCCACAAUGUCAGCCGAAAGCUACGACAAGCUCUGAUUCUUCUGUGCGAGAUUCAUUUUGCACUGUUGUACGCUCUUCAAAUUAAUUUGAUCUCUAAUGCUUUGGAGAAAAAAGGUUCUGUAAGCAUGGAAGUUGUAAUGCAAUUAGGUCUUGUUGGAGAAGAUAGUGACUGGGAUUUCUUGGAAGUAGCUUUGCUUGGUUGCUUCUGUUCAGUUCAUAACCAUGGUUUUGACAUGUUAUUUUCAUUCUCUGCAAUCAUACAGCAUACCCCUAGUGCCCCUAUUGGAUUUGGCAUCUUGAAAGCUGGUCUUAACAAAUCUGUUUUAUUGUCUAUAUAUUCAUCCUCCUCUGUGAGACAAAGUGAUGACAGUUUCUCUUAUGAAAGAAGAAUUGCAUCAUACCUCAGUGCAAUUGGGCAGAAGUUCCUCUCUAUAUACCGAUCUUGUGGCACCUAUAUUGCUUUCUUGACUAUUCUUCUCACAGUAUAUAUGGAGAGGCCCAAUUACAUAGCAUUUGGUUACAUAUUCCUUCUUCUGCUGUGGAUUACUGGAAGACAACUUGUUGAGAGAACAAAAAGGCCGCUUUGGCUUCCAUUGAAAGUGUAUGCAAUUUCGGUGUUUGUCUUCAUAUAUAGCUUGAGCAGCUUCACGAGUCUAGAGAUGUGGUUAUCCAAGUUGAUUGAUCUCUAUUUUUAUCUUGGAUUUGACCCAAAAGCGUCAUCUUUUGAAAAUGUUUGGGAGUCUCUGGCAGUCUUGAUUGUUAUGCAACUUUAUAGCUAUGAGAGGAGACAAAGCAAGCUGCACAAACAGGCUUACAUGGAUCAGUUGGAGCCAGGGAAAGUUGGGUUUAUCAGGCGAUUUCUUAUUUGGCACAGCCAAAAAAUCUUAUUUAUUGCCCUGUUUUAUGCAUCUUUAUCCCCAAUUAGUGCAUUUGGUUUCUUGUAUCUGCUUGGAUGUGUUAUCUGCUCCAUUUUACCAAAGACGUCUAGUAUCCCAUCCAAAUCAUUCUUAGUAUACACAGGGUUUCUGGUGACUGCUGAAUAUCUUUUUCAAAUGUGGGGUAAGCAAGCUGAAAUGUUUCCUGGACAGAAGUACUCUGAUAUAUCUCUCUUUCUGGGAUUGUGUGUAUUCCAGCCAGGCUUUUGGGGUCGAGAAUCUGGAUUGAGAGGAAAAGUACUAGUUAUUGUGGCUUGUACCCUUCAAUACAAUGUCUUUCGGUGGUUGGAAAGAAUGCCAAAUACAGUCUUGAAUAGAGGACACUGGGAAGAACCUUGUCCUUUGUUUGUCUCCUCGGAAGAUUCAUUUCAGCAUAUUGAUACAUGUAAUGAGGCAAGUAAAACAUCAUGCAAUUCACAUCAUCCAACUGAGAUUCAAGAAGGGGAUUCUAGCAAGACACUAAGAAUUAUAACCUCUGGUCAUUCCCAAAUACCUGAUACUCCAAGUUCUAAAACAAGAGGUUCUGACAGUAAUAGAAGAAAGUAUUUUGGAUUUAUCUGGGGAAGUAGCAGGGAGAGUCACAAGUGGAACAAGAAGCGGAUUGUUGCUUUGAGAAAGGAGCGGUUUGAGACCCAGAUAGCAGUCUUAAGAAUAUAUUUGAAAUUUUGGGUGGAGAAUAUGUCUAAUCUAUUUGGUCUCGAGAUAAACAUGAUAGCAUUACUUCUUGCAAGCUUUGCCUUGUUGAAUGCAAUAUCCAUGCUGUAUAUUGCACUGUUAGCUGCUUGUAUUCUUCUGAAUCGGCAUAUUAUACGCAAAAUCUGGCCUGUAUUUGUCUUCCUGUUUGCAUCUGUUCUCAUCCUUGAAUAUUUUGUCAUCUGGAAGGAUAGUUUACCUUUUAGUUCCCAUGUUCCAAGCGGGGUUCAUUGUCAUGACUGUUGGAAAGCUUCAACUCGAUAUUUCGAUUAUUGCGAAAAGUGUUGGCUAGGACUUGUUGUUGAUGAUCCCCGCAUGCUGAUCAGCUACUUUGCAGUCUUCAUGCUGGCUGGCUUCAAGCUUCGGGCUGAUCGCCUUGGUAACUUUUCAGGAUCAUCAACAUAUCGUCAGAUUAUGUUUCAACGUAGAAACACGUUCAUUUGGAGAGAUCUCUCUUUUGAAACCAAGAGCAUGUGGACCUUUGUCGACUAUUUGAGGCUUUACUGCUAUUGCCAUUUGUUGGAUCUUGUGCUCAUUUUAAUAUUGAUUACUGGUACACUCGAGUAUGACAUUUUGCAUCUUGGUUAUCUUGCGUUUGCUUUGGUAUUCUUUCGCAUGAGACUUGAAAUAUUGAAGAAGAAGAACCAAAUCUUCAAGUUCUUGCGCAUUUAUAACUUUGCUGUUAUUAUUCUCUCUCUUGCUUAUCAGUCCCCUUUUGUUGGUGGACCAAGUUCUGGGAAGUGUGAGAAGAAUUACAUUUAUGAGAUGAUUGGCUUUUAUAAAUAUGAUUAUGGGUUUCGGAUUACUGCUAGAUCUGCAAUCGUAGAGAUUAUCAUAUUUUUGCUUGUAGCACUUCAGUCAUACAUGUUUUCCUCUAAAGAGUUUGAUUAUGUAUGUCGAUACCUGGAAGCAGAGCAAAUUGGUGCUAUUGUGCAUGAACAGGAGAAAAAGGCGGCAUGGAAAACUGCACAGUUACAACAAAUUCGUGAAAGUGAGGUCAAAAAGCGACAGCGUAAUAUGCAGGUUGAGAAGAUGAAAGCUGAAAUGCUCAACCUACAAGUACAACUCCAUAGUUUGAACACGUCAGCCAAUUGUAUUGAUGGAUUUUCUCACAGUGGUGAGGGUCUAAGAAGAAGGCGGAGCAAUUCUAUUAUUUCAACCCAUGACAUUAGAAUCCCUGACAAAGAAGAACAGUUUCCUGAGAGACUCGAUCAUGCAAUGAGAGAGGAUUCUGUUCUCCCAACUGAACUUGAAUCAUCAUCUACUUCCAUGAAUGUGGAAACUUCAUUCACAGAGGAGUACAAGCAUUCAGUGGAUUCUCCUGUGUGUGAAAUUACUGAAAUAGAUAUUGACAACAAUUCUAGUGAUUCAGACAAAAAGGCUAAGGGGCAAGCAAAAGAACACCCAUUGAGAUCUGCUGUGCAACUAAUAGGUGAUGGUGUUUCCCAGGUACAGUCCAUUGGAAAUCAGGCAGUUAAUAACUUAGUGAGCUUUCUGAAUAUAUCUCAAGAAGAUUCUGAUUCAAAUGGGCACACAAAUGUUGAGGAUCAGAUAUAUGACGAGAUGGAGAGCCAGAAAAGCCGUGAUAUGUAUGUGGAUCGAUCUUCAUCUGCGCUAUCUGAUAGGAGUUCAGAAGCUGCAAGUCUGCAGUUAGGAAGGAUAUUUCGUUAUAUAUGGUACCAGAUGCGCUCCAAUAAUGAUAUAGUGUGUUACUGUUGUUUUGUUCUUGUGUUCUUAUGGAACUUCAGUUUGCUAUCGAUGGUGUAUCUCGGGGCUCUUUACUUGUAUGCAUUAUGUGUAAAUACAGGUCCAAGUUACAUCUUCUGGGUUAUCAUUUUGAUAUAUACAGAAAUUUACAUCUUACUCCAGUAUCUGUACCAAAUUAUAAUUCAUCACUGUGGGAUGAGUAUUGAUCCUGUCCUGUUACGAGAAUUAGGUUUCCCAACACACAAAAUUAUGUCUUCCUUUGUUGUCAGUUCAUUACCUCUCUUUCUUGUCUAUAUUUUUACCCUCAUCCAAAGCUCCAUAACACCUAAAGAUGGUGAAUGGAUGUCAUCUAUAAACUUCAGGUUUAAGGGGAAAGAUCUCCAUCGAAAAGAUGAUCCCGCUCGAUAUAACUGGCAAGAGAAGGUAGGGGAUCUACUGAAUCAGAUGGCUAAUAUGGUUAAAAUGAUAAUCAGAAGCUUCUUUAGAUACUGGAAGUCACUCACACAAGGAGCAGAAUCUCCUCCUUAUUUUGUCCAGGUGUCUAUGGAUGUCAACUUCUGGCCAGAGGAUGGGAUUCAACCAGCAAGGAUUGAAUCUGGAAUUAAUCAGUUGCUCAGAGUUGUCCAUAAGGAUAAGUGUAUGGAAAAGAACCCAAACCUUUGCCCUUUUGCUAGUAGGGUUAAUGUUCAAAGCAUUGAAAGAAGUCAAGAGAAUCCCAAUGUUGCGUUGGUUGUUUUAGAGGUUGUCUAUUCCUCUCCUGUAACUGAUUGUUCGUCAGCAGAAUAUAACUUUUCUUUAACUCCAGCAGAUGAUGUAGCAAAGGAAAUCCUGAAAGCUAAGCGUGCAGGUUUUGUGGAAGAAGUGGGAUUCCCCUAUCAUAUACUCUCAGUUAUUGGUGGAGGCAAGAGAGAAAUUGAUCUGUAUGCAUACAUAUUUUGUGCAGAUCUGAUUGUAUUCUUUCUUGUUGCUAUCUUCUACCAGUCUGUCAUAAAAAAUAAAAGUGAGUUCCUUGAAGUGUAUCAGCUUGAAGACCAGUUUCCGAAAGAAUUUGUCUUCAUUUUAAUGGCUAUCUUCUUCUUGAUUGUGGUUGAUCGAAUAAUAUACCUCUGCUCAUUUGCCACGGGCAAAGUGAUUUUCUAUAUUUUCAACCUCGUGCUCUUCACAUAUUCAGUUACAGAAUAUGAUUGGCAGUUAGACCCAUCCCAGAAACAUGCUGCUCAAUUUGCUCUCCGUGCUAUUUUUUCAGCAAAAGCACUUUCUCUAGCACUUCAGGCUGUACAAAUUCGUUAUGGCAUUCCUCACCAAAGCACAUUGUAUCGUCAAUUUUUGACUAGUGAAGUUUCACGGAUCAAUUACUUAGGAUAUAGGCUUUACCGUGCAUUGCCAUUCCUUUAUGAAUUACGAUGCGUACUUGAUUGGUCAUGCACAACCACAUCCCUCACCAUGUAUGACUGGCUGAAGCUGGAGGACAUAAAUGCAAGUUUGUACCUUGUCAAAUGCGAUUCAGUGUUGAAUAGAGCUACACACAAGCAAGGGGAGAAGCAAACGAAAAUGACCAAAUGCUGCAAUGGGAUAUGCUUGUUCUUUGUAUUAAUUUGUGUUAUAUGGGCUCCAAUGCUGAUGUAUAGCAGUGGUAACCCGACAAACAUUGCCAACCCAAUUAAAGAUGCCAGCUUUAAGGUUGAUAUCAAGACAGUUAGUGGAAGGUUGAAUUUGUAUGAAACUACUCUGUGUGAAAGAAUCGAGUGGAAUAAACUCGAUUCUGAUGCCAAUCUUGAUCCUCAUGGCUAUUUGGACACAUAUAAUAAGAAUGAUAUCCAAUUGAUAUGCUGUCAAGCUGAUGCUAGUACAUUGUGGCUUGUCCCAAGUGUUGUUCAGACAAGAUUGAUUCAGUCCCUUGAUUGGUAUGAUGACAUGGAAAUUUUUUUUACCUGGAUACUUUCAAGAGACAGGCCUAAAGGGAAAGAAGUGGUGAAGUAUGAAAAACCUGUUGAUCCUCAGUAUCUUCCAAGUCAAUCUGAUGUUCAAAAGGUUCUGAAUGGCUCUAUGACCAGCUUUAGGGUUUAUAAAUUUUAUCCGAGAUAUUUCCGUGUCACUGGUUCUGGUGACGUUAGAAAUUUGGAUGAGGAUAGCACUGUCAGUGCUGAUCUUGUUUUACAUCGUGAGCAAUUUGAGUGGUGGGCCUUCCAAGAUAUUCAGCCAUCAAAUUUGAGUGGAUUGUGUGGAGGCGACACAGGACCUGUAGCAAUCGUAGUAUCCGAGGAGACGCCACCACAGGGUAUUCUUGGUGAUACACUCAGCAAGUUCAGUAUAUGGGGGCUCUACAUAACCUUUGUUCUAGCUGUUGGACGUUUUAUCAGACUCCAGUGCUCUGACUUAAGGAUGAGAAUUCCCUUUGAAAACCUACCUUCGUGUGACAGGUUGAUAGCCAUCUGCGAGGACAUAUACGCUGCAAGAGCGGAGGGUGAGCUUGGAGUCGAAGAGCUCCUUUACUGGACACUGGUGAAGAUAUAUCGGUCACCACACAUGCUGUUAGAGUACACCAAACCCGAUUAGACAAGGUUGAACACUACCUUCUGGUUACUAACAACUAACAAGGGGAAUUGAUGUUCACACAUCUGGUUUGACUGCCACGCAUAUUGAAAGAGGUGCCACCAACGUUUUGUUGGUCAGAACUCGGAGUAGGACAAGUGUCAAAGCUCUUGGGAUAAAGAUUAACCGCAGUGUUACCAGACUUCUGUUGCCGCAGGCAUUAUCUGGUUUUGGAGCAUUUUAACAGAUUGGUGAGGAGCAGGCGUUGUGAUUUGAGAUUUGAGAAUGUAUUUAUACACGACAUUGAUCUUCAUUAUUUUUAGGGAGGAUACAAUGUACAAUGCAGCAGUCAAGGUUAGUUAGAGUCUUAGAGAGGAAAAUAUAUUUGUUUUCCAAGAACAAUGUCUUCAUUCUCCGGAUCUCUCCUUUUCUUCAAUCACAAAAAAGUAUGAUUAUCGAGAAUUGAUUAAUCAUUUAA